AUGGCGAUGAAUGGACGACAUUUGCUAUUUCGCUCUUCACAUUUCCUGCGGAAUGCAGGGAUUGUCAAACAUGCACAGGCUCUGCAAAGACCGUACUCUUCCAGUCAAAACGAGGGAUGGCUGAAAAACCUACUCCAUGUCAAGAAAGUCGAGCCAGCUAAGGCAGCACACUCAGAAACGCUCACAAAUAAAGAAGUUGUAUAUGAAAUGCAGAUACAUAAUAUCAAACCGGACAGGAUGAGAGAUUAUAUUCAAGCAUCAGAGCACUGUCUGAAGAGAAUUCAUGAGAAUCCAGACUUUCCUUGUAGAUUGUUUGGCAGCUGGAGUACGGCCUUUGGGCAUCAGGAUCAAGCAGUUCACAUCUGGUUCUACGAUACUGGUUACCAUGGUGUGAAGACAAUGUCAGAAAAACUAUGGGAGGACAAGGAAUAUAACGAGUAUAAGAAACUCCGAGGUGAGAUGUUGAUGGACAGAAGUAACUCACUCCUUCUUCCGUUCAGCUUCUGGGGAAAGCCACAACCCACGGAUACAGGAAAUCUCUACGAACUCAGGAGCUAUCACCUUAGGCCUGGCACUUUGAUAGAGUGGGCCAACAACUGGAAAAAUGGCAUCAAACAUCGACGAGAGCAUAGUGAGGCAGUAGCCGGUCUCUUUACACAAGUUGGAGAUCUCUAUUUGGUGCAUCACAUAUGGGCCUACCCUGAUCUGCAGACCAGGAAGGAAAUCCGUGAGAAGGCAUGGCAGAACCCAGGGUGGGACAACUGUGUAGCCUACACAGUUCCUCUGAUCCGUAAGAUGGAAUCUCGAGUAAUGAUCCCCUUGCCGUGCUCACCACUUCAGUGAGAAAAAAAAUCAACAACUCCUUCAAGUCGAGCAUGAAGAAGAUACCAUGUUAUGAACAAAAAGGAAUCUAGUCAGUAGAGUGAUGACUUUAUAUUGGAGUGAGAAUUUAUUUAGAAAUAACGUUUCAAGAAAAAUGGCUCCGGUUUAUCUGAAUAUCAGAUUUUUACCGAGUUGUUAGAUUAUGGUGCAAGUUUUACUUUCUAAGUUCAACACAACUGUUCUGCUGUUUGUGAAUCUCCGGAUUCUAAGAUGGAGUGUGACUUAGUUACGAAGUUUGAGAUACUUGGAAAACAUUACAAAUGUUUUGUGGGUGUUUUUUUUCACAGUAAAACUGGAUUUUAUGGCGGUUGCUUUCUUUCGAUUAUAAAUCAUUGGCAUUGUAGUUCACUUUCGGUGAAACCACUGGAAAUGAUGUGCUUGUUUUUACAUCAUCAGACUUUCCAACGCUAGGUGACAGCAGACUUACCGGGUAAAUUUCUAUUGUUUAUGUAGUUCUGAACAUGCGCAUAAUUCUGAGAACAAUGGAUAUACCCGGUAAGUCUGCUGCCACCUAUCGUCCCAGAAAGUCUCUCAUUGGCAGGAUUCCUAGAGGGGAAUUUUUUUCUUCUAAGAUUCAAUCCAGGGUAGUUUGACAUUUUCCACGCAAUUUGGCUAGAAAUCCAGAGUAAUAGGGUACAUGGAAUUUUCAAGAUUAAUUAUUAUUUGUUUAUGAAUACAAAACAGUCCAUUGGCAUUAUCAAGUUUUUAAAAAUGGUGUGUUCAUUGUAAAAACACCGUCGAUAAGAUUAAAAACCCAAGAGAGGUUUGCAAGUAACACCAUGUGAACAUCUCUUUUCAGUAGUGGUUCUGAGAAGAACCAUUGGAUAAAUAAUCGCAUAUUUGCCUCAUAUUAUAAAGAUGGACAUGGUAGAAAACUUCCUUUGUAAUGUUUUGAUUGAAAUGCUAUGGUUAUAAGAAACAAGCUUGACAUGUUACAGAUUUUUGAGAACUGAGUAAACAAUUUGUUUUGAUCUUAGAUGUCCAAAUUACCAAAUUGUCAAAUUGUCCGCUCACACAGCGACUCACAAUGUAUGAUCUAUAACAUUGCAGCAGUUUGGUUCUAUUAUGUAACAGAUUAAAGGCAGUGGACACUCAAAAGGUAAUUACUCAAAAUAAUUGUGGGCAUAAAACCUUUCUUGGUAAACAG